GAGUGCUGUGCCUCCCACUGUCAUUCCUUUGUCCACUGCUGAAUACUCUUCUUCGGGCACUAAGAGAAGAAAGACACAGACUCUGCUCUUCCAAUCCAUCUACUGAUACCAAGUGCAACCAGUGACAGGAUCUACAAAUCUGAAUAAGGUGGCCCUGGUCACUGAGAUGGCAUCCUCUCUAAAGGUCUGUGGCACUCUCUUGGCCUUACUGUGCCUCCAAUGCAGUUUACUUGUGCACAGUGAGAACAUUUCCAGAAGACAAUUUAUGGAAGCACACCACCUAAAUCCAGGUCAAGAUUUUUCUUCCUACAAAUGUAAUAACCUCAUGAAAAAAGAAACUCUGAGACACAAGCUCUCUCAUCAGUUCAUUUAUAUCUCAUGGUACAAAAUCGAGCAUAUGUGCCUUAGUGGCAAAUGGAAUGACCGUUAUAGAAAUGCAUAUGUAUGGGCCCAGAAUCCCAUCAAAAUACUCGCAUGUCACUGGAAUAAAUUAAAAAAUAACUACAUAGAGAGCAGGAGCUACAACCAUGUUCAAUUCCAUUGUAGCAUGGAUGGGUAUGUUGACAGUAUAGAAGACGCACAGAUCAUACAGCCUAUCUUCAACUAGACCGUCUCCUGGGACCCCGUGUUUGGGGAGAGCAUUUCAUGGUUUUCAGGUGAUGUCCCUGCAUACAUCAACAGCCACUGCCACUCCUCAGUUUGUAUUCAUGUGUCAAUGUUUUCCAGUUAAGAAUUAUGUAUCACAUAGUUCCCUGAUUCUACAAUUUUGUUUAUGUUGUUCUCUGCCUGUAAUAAUAUUCUGUCCUCAUUUACCUAAGUUACUCCUAUGUAUUACUUCAAGAUUCAGCUCCUGUGACAUCUCUUCUUGACUAUCCAGGACUUUCCUGACAUUGACAUCUUUUUACCUUCCCAGGGUAUAAUAAUCUUCCCUUCUGUAAAUAAAGUAUGUUAUUCCAGCGUG